AUGACAGGCCAGGCUCUUAAUCAGACAUUCAGUUACCACUUGCAGAUUGCCAGUUUGGACAUCCCUACCCCAGUGACCUACAUUGUGUUCAUCAUUGGUCUCCUACUCUACUUGUUCUCUGUCUUCUGUAACCUGACCAUCAUGCUGUUGAUCAUCACGCAGCAGCUUCUCCACAAGCCCAUGUUUUACAUCCUCUUCAGUCUCCCCCUGAAUGACCUGAUAGGAAUCAGCAGUAUACUACCCAGGGUGUUGGCAGAUAUCGUGACACAGACCCACACUGUGUACUACCCAACAUGUGUUUUUCAGGCCUUUCUAUGUCACAUGUAUGGGGGUGGUGUACUUUUCAUACUUGCAGCAAUGUCAAUUGAUAGAUAUCUUGCCAUUUGCAAACCACUUCAAUAUCCCUCAAUCAUGACACCUUUUACAUUGUGUGUCAUUAUAUCAGUUGCAUGGGGUUUGGACCUGGCUUUGAUACUGAUCCUGUUUGCUCUUCAGGCGAGAUCUACGAGGUGUAAGACUUACAUAGAAAAUGUAUUUUGUAACAACCCCUCUUUGCUUCGCCUGUCAUGUGGAGAAGAUCUCACAGUUAACAACAUUUAUGGCUUGGCAUUGACAGCUAAUAUGCAGAUCAUCAGUGUGGGUAUUCAGCUAUUUUCCUAUAUAAAAAUUAUUAUAAUAUGCGUCAGUAAUCGGCAGUCUGACACCAGCAGCAAGGCUGCCAAGACCUGUGUAGCUCAAAUAGUAACAUUUAUCUUGUUUGAAUUUAUUGGCACAUUUGAGAUACUGUCAUAUCGCUUUGAGAACAUACCCCCUAAUGCAAAGAAACUGUGUGGCAUAAUGAUUUUCAUAGUCCUGCCCGUAGUUAAUCCAAUUAUACAUGGGAUGAAAACAAAGGACAUUCAAACCGCAUGGUUUAUGGUGAUGAGGAAAAAAAAGGUAGCAUUCAAAUAG